AUGGAGAGGUCCCUGGAGUCGGGCAACAUGACCAGAGUCCAGGAGUUUGUCUUGCUGGGCUUAUCCACCAAGCAAGGCAUAAGGCUCGGCCUGUUUGCCGUCUUCCUGACCCUCUACGUGCUGACCCUCCUGGAGAACACGCUCAUCAUCUACCUCGUGUGCAGUCACAGCGAGCUCCGCAAGCCCAUGUACUUCUUCCUGGGCAACCUCAGCUGCCUGGAGAUGUGCUACGUGUCAGUGACUGUGCCCAGCCUGCUCGUGGGGCUGAGGUCCAGUCCGUGCCAUGUGUCUUUCACUGCCUGCAUAAUUCAGCUUUUUCUAUUCAUAGCUCUCAUUAGUACCAAGUGCGCCCUCCUGGCGUCCAUGGCCUAUGACCGCUACGUGGCCAUCUGCCGCCCACUCCACUACCCCCUGCUCAUGAGGCCCCAGGUCUGCCUAGGCUUGGCCAUGACUUCAUGGCUUGGGGGGCUGCUGGUCUCGGUGGCCAAGACGACAUGCAUCGCCAGCCUGUCCUACUGUGGUCCCAAUGUCCUCAACCACUUCUUCUGUGACGUCUCCCCUCUGCUCAACCUGUCCUGCACCCAUGUGGCCCUGACUGAGCUGGUGGACUUCAUCUCCGCCAUCUUCAUCUUCUGUGGGUCGUUACUGGUUGCUCUGGCCUCCUACAUGGCCAUUGGGAGGACCAUACUCCACAUGCCGUCCGCAGCCGCCCGCCGCAAAGCCCUCUCCACCUGCGCCUCCCACCUGGUGGUGGUGGGUAUCUUCUAUGCCGUGGUCCUCUUCAUGUACACCCGCCCCAGCCGCAUCAGCCCCACGGACCUCAACAAGGUGCUGUCCGUCGUCUACACGAUGCUCACGCCCAUGUGCAGCCCCGUCAUCUACUGCCUGCGGAACAGGGAGGUGCGCGCGGCGCUGCAGAGAACUCUCCACUCACGCUGGGUCCCUUCAGCGAGAACCGACCUUGCCCGCUCCUGA